CUGCCGCGGUUCUCGUCAAUGAGGUAUUCGCAGAUAACGUCAUGACGACGCGGUCGAGGCUAACUUCCACUCUGAGAAUGAAGUUUGCGACCAAGACUCCAAGAGAUCCAACAGUUUGACUAGCAAUGACGAAGCGCUCGAGGUACCCUCCCCGCAUCCCCAACACCACUACGACCAACUAAAAGGCCCAGGUCAUCUUCGAAGGCGGUAACAUACAUCGACGCAAAGCCUCCCUUGCACCUCCACUCCAACACUCAAGCUUCGGCAAGAUGUCCGCUCGUCCAGGCAACGACCGUCGACCCACAUCGUGUAUAGUUCACGAACUACUCGAAAAGCAUGAUGGCGUUCCUACCCAACAUCAUGAUCAGUCAUACGAAGGGCUUGCUCAGGAGCGUCUUAUGGACAAAGAUCCUCACUCACACGCUGAGGAAACACAACACUCACGAUUGUUGACCAAGAAACAAAUAUCGGACAUGGCAUUUGGAAUCAGGGAACUAUCUAAGAAGCUAGCGCAGAUCCGUCUGAAACUGCACGUCAAAAACAUCUUCAUCCUGGGCAAAGCACACGACGAGGGCUUAAUCAAAAACACGAGAGAGACCGUCGAAUGGCUUCUAACAAAAAGCCCUGACUACAAAGUGUACGUUGAGGAAACGCUGGAGGAUAACAAGAUCUUCGACAGGAAAGGUCUGCUGGAGAAGAACUCGUCGUACGAAGGGCGCCUGAAGUUCUGGACCAACGAACUCGCCCAGCAGAAGCCACAGACCUUUGAUAUCGUCCUCGCACUUGGUGGGGACGGAACCGUACUGUACUCUUCGUGGCUGUUUCAACGGGUAGUACCACCGGUUCUGGCAUUCUCUCUAGGAUCGCUGGGUUUCCUCACCAAGUUCGAUUUCGAUCGCUACCCAGAAACACUUUCGCAAGCGUUCGAGCAAGGAAUCACUGUCAACCUUCGAUUGCGGUUCGAGGCGACUGUCAUGCGCUCACAGACCCGCGACAAUGAGGGACAAUCUGACCUAGUGGAGCAGCUAAUUGGUGAGGAAGCAGAGGACCAUCAUACACAUCGACCCGACGGCACCUACAACAUUCUCAACGAAGUAGUCGUGGACCGCGGCCCAAAUCCGACCAUGUCAUCGAUUGAGUUGUUCGGCGAUGACGAACACUUCACGACUGUCCAAGCAGACGGCAUCUGCGUGUCGACACCUACCGGCUCCACAGCAUACAAUCUGGCUGCAGGAGGUUCCCUCUGUCACCCUGACAACCCGGUCAUCUUGGUCACGGCCAUCUGUGCACACACUCUAUCCUUCAGGCCCAUCAUUCUCCCAGACACGAUAGUCUUGCGCUGCGGAGUACCGUACGAUGCACGAACAAGCUCAUGGGCAAGCUUCGACGGGAGGGAAAGGGUCGAGCUCAAGCCUGGCGACUACGUCACGAUUAGUGCGAGCAGAUUCCCCUUCCCAUGUGUGUUGCCUAUGGAAAGGAGAAAGACGGAUUGGAUCAACAGUAUCUCGAGGACCCUACAGUGGAAUAGUAGGGAAAAGCAAAAGGCGUUCAAAGAGUGGAAGGAUUAAUCAAUAUGCAAUGACCAUCACUACAGCAUACCUUCCUGGCAAAAACAGUCAUGGUACCUGACAGACGCAGAAUCUUGGAAACUUUGAGUGGUAUCUCGCAACAACAAUUGACGCGCAUGAUCUGCUGAUUGGACACAAUUUCCAAGAGCCGAAAGUAGAUCACGAUAGAGUGGAACGUAUUCCAAGAACUAAAGCCUAAACUAAGUUUUUGUUUUUGAUAUAAUGGAUGCACCAAUACCUCCCCCGAAAAAGGUCAUGUACGUACUGUACAUGGUAUUUACGACCGAUCUGCGGCGAAUUCGCGUGGUACCAAUUGCGUGCGU